AAGCAAGCGGCGGUUGCUUCUCCUGGUGCAUGCGCGCGUGUGGCGUGGAUCGGAAAGCUGUCCCUUGCAGAGCGAAGCGGCAAAAAACUGCUCUUGUCUUUUGUCUCGGAUUUCAUCGAGGUCAUCUCGGAAACGUGCUGGAAGCCGGUGGGGGAAAGUGAAACUCCUUGCCGAAUCUAACGGAUACAUCGUGGACGCGUGCUCCGGGUAUUAUUUUUCUCUCGCGUUUAAGACGAGGGGCAAGUUGCCGCCUGGGACGCGGCGGGAGGCAAAGAAUGCGUUGUGCUCCGCGUACGUGGCUUCCUCCUCCUGGACCGGGUGAGCUCGCCUGGCCGUGGUGGUGAACGAAGUUGCUGGUUGCAGUGGUGGCGCUGCGUGACAGAGUGGGUGUGUCGUCUGCGACGGAAGAGUCAACCGUCCCUGCUUGACAGCUACACCCCCUUCGCUCUCGCUUCUUGAACAGGGAGGCGCGAGGUGCCCGACUCUGCGACAUUGUCGCUGAGUGUUGGAGGGUUCGGUGUCCGUGUCAUCAACCGAGUCCAGUGGGUGCUACCUACUCCCAGCCGUUCAAUCGUGUGUCUGGUGAGGCUGUCGUCUGAACAAAACGGCCAGGAGGGGAUGACGUGAGACACCAUCGUGAUCUGCCCGUUCGGUUUUUUUGGUGGUUGGAAGAGAUCCGGCUAUCUGGGACAGCAGGAUGCCCUACUUUGUCCAGGAGUCCUUGUCACCGUUGUCCGGCGAAAAGAUGUUCGUCCGGUACUGGCAUCCCGAUUCUCCCAGGACGCAGCAGUUCAUCAUGGUCAGCUCCAUGUACUGCCAGCUGCUGGUCGUCAUCUGUGUGGUGUUCUUCACGUCAGAGGUUGUCACCUUCAGAGUACCGCUCUACUACUUCGAGGGCUUCUACAUGUACAUGUACAGCGUGAGCCUGCUGUUCCUGCUCUACGUGUACAUCUAUCUGCUGCGACGCUCGAGCAGUAACGGGCCCGGUGCCUACAGGAGCCCCAAGAAGAUCAUCCUGGAGAACCUACGUCGGAUAAGCGACAAGGCGCAGGGCCCGCCCAAGGGCCUCGACGGCGACGGACCUCUGCCGCCGAGGCUCAAGAAGCAGCGCAUCUCCGAGAACGACCGCAGCCACGGCAGCCUGUUUCUCAGGAUCGGUGCCAUAGCCUUUGGCCUCGGGACGAUGGUUUACAACGGCCUGGAGUUCGGGUCGUUCUUCGAAAUUCCCUCGACGUCGCCGUGCUACAGCGUGCUCCUGGGCAUCAAUCCCGUGCUCCAGAUGGCCUUCACCUUCGCUCAGAUGUACUUCAUCUUCAUGAACGCCCGGCUGAACAUCCACAAGUUCAAAGUGGUGGCUCGAUUCGGCCUCAUGCACGUGGUAGCCACGAACAUCUGCGUCUGGAUUCGCACACUUGGCAAAGAAACACUGCAAGAGAUCAACGAGCACCAUCUCAAGAACGGUCGCGGAAGCACUCUGGAGGAACUCAUCUUGCCGUUCAGAGGUGGGCAAGCGGUAUUACCUAAAACGAGCGUGCCAUGUUUCACUCCGUGUCUCUGUUUUCUCCACGUAGUGCAGAGAAGCCCGCUGUCGCCGGAAAACGUGACGCGAAACUUCACUAACCCGUGCGAGAAGCAGGACAUCAUGGGCACCAUUGUGUCUGACUCGUCGCCUUUCCUGUACCCGUUCAUCGUCGAGUACAGCCUCAUCAGUGCCGCGGUGUUGUACGUCAUGUGGAAGAACAUCGGGAAAGAUCCAGUCUACCACGUUGAGAACAGCCACGACGACGGCAUCUCCCGGACAUCGAGCCUUCAAGCGGGUUCCAAAGUCAACUGCACGGGUUCCAGCAAAGGCCUUUUCUUUGGCCUUCUUGUCCUGGUAUGCUCGACCAUCUGCCUCAUCGUGUUCUUCGUCCUGAUUCAACACCAGCGUUACAGCAUGCUUGCUAUCUACCUGUCAGACUUAUCUCACUGUGGAAUCAAGGUCUUGACCAUAGGAGCCAUCACGGUUGGGUUCUUCAGAAUCAGGUCACUUCGGUUCCAUCCGGACAGGAAAGACCAUCUGCGAAGCAUCUUGCUCAGCGUUGCCGCGUUCGGGCUCUACGUAUACGCCAUGUUCGGCAUCAUAGCCGGCAGCUUGCUGCCAAAGGACCACAUCCCCAACCUCCUGGUGAUGGUGACCAGCAUCCUCACCAUCGUUCAAGUUACCAUGCAGUCACUCUUCAUCGCAGACAUCACCUGCCGAAUGACGCACCUGCCGGAGCACGACCACAACAAGCCCGGACGCCAAGUCAUCACUUUCUUGCUCAUCGGGAACCUCACUCUGUGGAUCAUCUACACCUUCGAGAAGCAGAAAGUGGAAGCCAGCCCCGUGCAACUGGGAUUCUACGGAUUCAUGGCAUGGACCGUCAUCAUACGGGCGUCGCUGCCGCUAAGCAUUUUCUACAGGUUCCAUUCUUCGGUGACGUUUGCGGAAGUUUGGAAGAACUCUUACAGAAACAUGGCCAACUGAGGAACUUCUGCUGCGAAGAGAGAGUGGGUCGUGAACAUCGUACCAAAGGAAUAUAACUGAAAUACUCGACAUUAGACGAUCGGAGCGGCUCUACGUCUUCAUGACACAGUGCCAGGAUCAUCUCAGGGCACGAUGCCAAGACUGUGCUUGUCGCAUUGACCGUGCGAUUCAGCGGAUGACUCGUGAGAAUCCACAGUGGCGCAUACUCCCUGGCCAGAACAACCGCCCUGGGACGUCCAGAAGACAUCAAUGGAAUAUUUUCUUACGGCUCUCCGCAGGGGCAUUUGUUCUGUUCUGUUUGGGGAUGGACAGAAAGCGCUAACUUGCGUAUGUACAAAACGGAUCGUCUGCAGCAGGACCCUCCCAACACCGAGCAGGAAGUGACUAACCCCCCUGUAACACGGGAACCUCAAUUGUCGUGUCGUCAAAUGACAGUUUAUCAUCUAUAGACAAUCGAUCAGUUCGCGCUCCAGAAUCAUUGUGUAUCAUCUGAUUUGUCUCGGUUCAGUUCUUCUGAGAAAGUCAUUCAGCUAAAUGCCACCUGAGCUCUUUUGUAUCAGGGGUAUACAAGACGCCAAAACAUCAAACCUCUCAAGAGGACCAUUUCAUCAGAUAUAAAGUGAUUACAUUCUAGUUAUCAGUUAUAACGUCAAACUUGCCAAAGUUCUAACUGUUGGAAGUUCCCCGCAUAGAUAUCAUCUGAAUAGCGAUAAAAUAAAAGCGGGAACGCAUGGUUUUGUAAAUCAUGGUGUAAUUUAAGUAGCGUUUGUGGUGACUGAUACGUGAUGUGAUGUGGUAGUGUAUUUUUAUCAGAUAUGCAUUUUCACCUGGAAAAAAAAUGUACGAAUCGGAUGUGCGAUUACCCGCUCAAAUUACUAAAAUAAAUUAACAGUAAAAAAAAAAAAA